UCUGCUCGAGGAAAGAGAAGACUUGUGACAUCACUUCCCGGCUUUUUCUUUUGCAAGUUUGGCGGGCGCACGUGCUGCCCGCGAGUAAUUUUUGCAGUCGCAGCCGCCCCUCGCCUGGCCGGGUUGCUAUGAGUUUGCCUCUCAAUCCAAAGCCAUUCCUAAAUGGGCUGACUGGGAAACCAGUAAUGGUGAAAUUGAAGUGGGGAAUGGAGUACAAGGGCUACCUUGUAUCGGUUGAUGGCUACAUGAAUAUGCAGCUUGCCAAUACAGAAGAAUAUAUUGAUGGUGCGCUGUCUGGACAUCUUGGUGAAGUUCUGAUAAGGUGCAACAAUGUUCUGUAUAUAAGAGGUGUAGAGGAAGAAGAAGAAGAUGGAGAAAUGAGAGAAUAAUGUUGGAAAACCUUGUUUUUUUAAAAAAUGUGUUAAAUAUAUAUUCAAUUGUAGUUUUUUUUUUAAUUCAUGUUUUGUAACUUUAAAUUUUUUGUGGGGGGACAGAAAACUACAUAUUGUUGAAAGAAAUAAUCAAUAUGGAAGAUAAACAACAAAAGUGAUAUGUCUGAUAGUUCCUAAAACUGGGAUUAUUUAGUCUUAAUUCAAAAGUUUUAAAGCAAACAGGAUCAGAUUUAUUCUGUCACCAUUUACUUUAUGUGUCUCUGUUACACUAUGCUAGGAGCAAGAGCUAUAACUAGUCUAAAAACACGUUUUGCAAAAAAAUUCAAGUAAAGUAGUAAUCAUCUUCACUUUUUGUAGUUGCAUCUGUAAUGUGUUCUCCUUCUUGCUUAGUCUUUGGAGGCUGUGACCGGUACACUAGUUUUCUUCCCAUCUAAAGGAAAGCCAGAAAGUAUCAAAUGUUCAUAUGCAUGGACUUUUAAAAUCAGCCUUAGUUUUCCUGUUAAAGUUUAAUAGAUAAUAUUUCAGUUUUAUUUUAUGCAAUCAUAGAAAUGUUUGGAAUGGAUUCCUUUAGGUAGAUCUACUUAGAACAAAACUCCAGAACUGAAGGAAAUGAAUACAUUAAACUUCUGUGACGCAAAACACAAUCACCUCAGUGCUUAAAAUCACUGAGUUGUCCAAAAAGGGCUCAGCAUUUUUGGACCAGGAACCCAAUAAUGUAGCAACCGCUGGACACCUCACCCAACUACUGGAAUUUAAGGAACCUGCACCUUAUGUACAUUUAGAAAAUACUUUGCUUCACACGGACGAGUUUUGGCAAUGUUUGUACAUUCUUUUGUUUCUGAGACAUGAUUGGAAAUAUUAGUUGAAGAUAAGGUGAUGGAACCAGACACUGUGAUGAUUAGCAUAGACCACUUAAAUCCAUAGGACAAGGUAGUUAUGACUAACUUGGCCCUAUUAACAUGGACAUGUAUCUUAAGGCUAGAUCUUAUUAAAUAUCCUACUUCGAUUAUGUUGUGACUGUAUUGGUCCAGAAACUAGGUGUCUGCAUGAUUAUAUUAAAAAUAAGUUCUUUAGACA